AUGGAAAUACCACAAAAUAGGCUACAAACGCUUGUAGAAAGACGAUUGAAUAGAAACCGAUGCCAGCCACACUCGGCAGCAAGCAGUAUACAUAGCACGCAUAGUUUUGCCUCUUCUAGCAUUAUUGAAAAACAGCUGCAGUCACUUGUCCACGAUGCUGACACACCACAAGAAGAUACCACUGAAGUACUACAGCAAACAUUCGAUCGUUUGAAGCCGGAUAACGAUCGUCAUCCGGCCUCGAUACAUAGCUCCUUCAAAAGAUCACCGAAUUAUUUGGCUAAUCAUAUGGAGGAUGAUAUACAUGAUGAAGCGCAAGAUUUUUCAGCUUUUACUUUACCAUUUAAAGAGAGACCCAUCGUCAUUGCAAGCAAAAACGCGGACUAUUUUAUUCCACCACCCACCAGUCAUCGAAAUUAUUUAGACCCUCCAGAUGCAACCAUUUUAAAAUCAAUCAAACUGCCUUACCCUUUUCGAAAAAAGGAACCCAUUUCUCAACGACUGGAGCGAGCAAAGCCUGAGCCAGAAGAGGAUCGUAAACGUCCCAUGAAAUCAUCAUCGAAGCGACAUAAUAGUUUGGCAUUAGGUUAUAUGGACCAACUAUUAAUGAAAGACGAGAUAAACGAUAUGGAAGUAGAGCCCAUAGAACAUGAUACAUUAAGGUUGCUGGAUGAGACCUAUCAUCAUCCCAAUCUUCGGUCCAGAAAAAGAUCGGAUCGGCACUCGCAGCAGAAUAUAAUGACAUGGAUGCCAGAUCAAUCUACAGUGUGGAAUAAUUGGAUGAACGACGACUAUCUGAUAUCAACCUAUAAUAAUGAGAGUUCGCAUCCAUUAACACCUACAAUACCUAAUGAAAAUCCGAAUUAAAAAAAACCUUAUUGUUUAAAAC